AUGACUGAGAGUCUGGCUCCUCUCAGACUGGACCAAUCGGAGCAGGAUUCAUACCUGCCCUUGUCAACCAAUCACAGAUCCGGCUCUGUUAAUGACACCUGGGAGCCUGAUGGCGUCGACUUCUUCGUCAUCCAGGGCCUCGCCAGCCUCGGCGAGAAAAAGAUGAUCCUUCUUGUCUUCCUGCUGCUGGGUUAUAUUCUCACCCUCGGAGGAAACAGCAUGAUUAUCUUGGUGGCAUUGACUGAUCCAAAACUCAACUCUCCCAUGUAUUUCUUCCUAUACAACCUCUCAUUUGUGGACAUGGUCUACACCACCACCACCAUCCCCAACAUGCUGUCCAGCUUCCUGGCAGACACGGCAACCAUCUCUGUCGUGGGCUGUUUUCUCCAGAUGUAUUUCUUCAUUCAGCUGGCCGUUACUGGCCGUGCCAUCCUGACUGUCAUGGCGUACGACCGCUACAUGGCCAUCUGCAACCCUCUGCGCUACACCGCUGUCAUGACCCGGCCCAUCCAACUGCUCCUCAUCUCAGGAGCCUGGGGAUUCGGCACCAUCUGCACACUGCCAGCAAGUACCAUGGCCUGGCAGCGGCCUUAUUGUGGGCCAAAUGUGGUGAGACAUGGCUGGUGUGACCCGUCGUCUGUAAGGCGGCUGGUGUGCGCUGACACCUCAGUGGAUAACAUUGUGUCCAUUUCUUUCGCCCUGGUGGCACUACUGACUACAGGAGUCCUCAUUCUCACUUCCUACGUCCUCAUCGGUCUUUCCAUAUCGAGGAUGGGUGUCGCUGAGAGGCUGAAGGCCUUUGGGACGUGCACUGCUCACCUGACUGUGGUGUCCAUCUCUUACAGCUCGGCCUCCGUUGUAUACAUUUCCUACCGGCUCGGAAAAUUUUCACCAGAGGUCCGUAUCAUUGUGUCUGUGCUGUACUCCGCUCUGACGCCUUUCCUGAACCCGAUGAUCUACAGUCUGAGGAGCAAGGAGCUGCAGGAGUCCAUCAGAAGGACUCUGAACAGGCUCAGACCUGCUGCUGUUUCAGCCAUAACGGACGUCAACACAGUGUCCUAG